UCCUCUCUGCAGAAAGAGCCAGGCCCCCUUUCUCCUUCCUCCUCCCUCCUCCCACAAAACAAAAGCCCUCUCUUUUCACCUCUAGGCCCCCCUCCCCUCCCCUCCCCAAUCCCCCAACUCCAACGCUUGGCUCAUCCGCUCUAGAUCUCCGCACCGUCUCUUCUCCCCUUUGUUUGCUCUAGCAUUUUUAUUUCAAGAGGGUGACAAGCGGAGCCGGGCAGAGAGUCUUGGGGUCUUGGCCGGUUCAUGAGUAGGGAGAGGAAUUCGCAUGGAGCGGUCAUGUCCUGAGCAGUUGCAGUGGCCAUCUCCCUUUGUUCUCUAGCAUUUGUCCCUCAUGGCUCCUCAACCCCUCAAGAUUCGGCGGCUCACGAAGAACUAGAUGUAGCCAUUAAUACUGGAGCGGCCGGUCUCAAGUUUUGGUGUUGCAUUUUUUCUGAGGGAUUUCUGCAUUUAUUUUGAGUUCUUUCUGUGAGAGAGUGGCAUUCAUUCAAGAUUCAGGGGGAGCGGGCGCGUGUUGUGCUACUCGCUGCCAGGCUCGUGAAGAAUCGGGUUUGAAUUUCUGCCUCCUUCUUCCUCGCCGGCGCGGAGGCAUGAGGAGGGGCGGGUCCUCGUCCUCCUCGGCGGCGAACGGCGGCGGCGGCGGCGGCCUGGCGAUCACCGAGCGGCAGAGGCCGGCGCCGUCGCGCGUGGCGGCGCUGUUCCAGAUGCUCGCCAAGAGGAAGCUCUUCUCAUCCUCCUCCUCCAAGAAGACCAAGCUGCUCGCCCCAGUGCGCGAGCAGAGGUUCUUAUCGCCGGGGAGGCCACCCGGCGGCGGCGGCGGGGGCGAGAAGACGCCGGCGGCCAAGAAGAGACCUCUCCUGCUUGAUUCUGCAGACUAUGCAAGGAGUAAAAGUGAAAGCCAUGGCACUAGCCGCUUGCCACCGCCAAGCCAAGACAGCAAUUCCAGUGAGAUGUGCACCCCGGGUGUGGUUGCCCGGCUAAUGGGCCUCAGCUCAAUGCCGGCCAUCAGCCAUGAAAGGUCAGCCAGAGCCACUGACUCUUCCGAGCCCGAGGUCGCCGGUCACCGGAAUGAAUGCUCUCAAGGUUUGCUUGGUAGCUCAGGGAGCAUGGCCACCUCGCAUCAGAGGCAGCAGAAGCCAGGGCAGGUCAUGGAUGAAUGGCAUGACAAUGCCAGCAAGUUCAGUGCAGAUUCACAGGCAUUGUGGUCAGGGAGGCACCACAAUCACAAGGUUGCUUCACCUCUUAAGAGCCCAAGGUCAAUUUCAAGCAGGAACAAGGCUCGGCUGAUCGAAGCAGCAGCCAGGGUUCUCGAACCCGGUCUGCAGUCCAGAAAUCGCCACCGAGCUCAGCGACAUGCACGCUUGGAGUAUCCAUGUAACGGCGAUGGUGUGGCGACUACUGCUGCUCCUGCUGCUGCAAUACAUAAGUCGCCGGAUCAAUUCUCAAGAGAAAUGGGUGAUGUUGAUGCAUCAAUGUCUGGUGCUGGCAACGUAGGAGCUGCCUCUCUGCACAAUUCUGCUCCCAGACAGUGGUCUGAAGAGAACUGCAAGAAGAUUUCUGCUGAUAGGAAGCCAAACCAGCAUGCACCCUGGCAAGGGCAACCUGGAGGAAACAUCAAGGUUUUGCCUGUAAGCAACUCGAGCGAGCUGGUUAGAGUUAAGGAAAGUGAUGCGAUGAUCUUCAAUGCUACCGCUGAUACAUAUCAAGAUGCCCGGAAAGUUCAGCCGAGGAACGUAUCCCGUGGGAAUGUUGUUUCUGGCCCUCUCAAGCAGAACAACCUGAAGCAGAACGCGUUGCCUACAGUUUCUAGAACAGAAGAUCCACAACAUAUGAUUCAGAGGCAGAAACAUAGAAAUGGGGAGCAAUAUGUGGCGAGCACAGGGAAGGAUUUUGUUUCGUUAAACAAAAGUAUGAAGAGCAGUACAUCUUUGAGGUCCAAAGGAAAAGUAAUGGAUGAAAUUCGCCUGCCACGUAGCAAUGCACAGAAUAAAAACCUGAACAGAAAAGGCCAUCGAACCGGUGGCCUACGUAGCGAUAGCUCUAACAAACCGAAGCCAAGGACUGCAUCACCAAAGGCUAUGGAGAAAGAUAUGAUAAUUGCAAAAGGCGCAGGGUUGGUUAGCGAGAAGCCGAAGACUACCAGUGCAAACUAUGCUAGGAAUGACCUGCUGAGACCGGUAGAGCCGCGCAAUGCUUCCAGGUGUAACGACUCGGACAUUGUUUCUUUCACUUUCAGCUCACCGAUGAAGGCCAUCCCUACUUCUUUGCUCAGCAAAAAUACUAGUGCUGUUCUGGGAUCUCCAAAUGGUCCUAAAAGAAACUCUCAUAGGGACUGUCAAAAUAUUUCUUCAGAAAGGGAAUUGGUUUUCAAGGAAAAACUACGAGGCACAUCAAGCAUGGACGAUGCAGAAUCAGUCUGGUUUAAUCGAGACGAGUUGAAGAACAGAGAUAUUCCUAGAAGCCGAGGCAGAGUAAUCGCUUCAUGGUCUGAGAAGGCGAGUGAUUUUCCUGUCCUACAAAGAUCGUCAAGCGAGGAACUUCUGCGGGGGUUAGACAGUCUGAUGCAUGUCUUCGGAGAGCUUCCUAAUUCCGUUGAGUUGCGUGAAACUCAUAAAAAGCUCGAGGCCAACGGGAAAGCUGAUAAUCCAUCUCGAUCUGUACCUGGAGGCAACCGACAACGAGGAAUUCUCCGACCUACAUAUGCACAUGAGAACUGCACUUCUGGGAACUCAAACUACACUAAAGAGGCUCAACUCGAAGACAGACGCCUGUCAGAGACUUGUGCGCCGCCAUCUAGCGCGCGAGACGCGACCACCCAUAGAAGUGCCAGGCGAGCCGAGCCUAACUCUGGCCAGCAUGGCGCGCACCGUCUUGCACCGGCGGUGCAGGGCAUCAAGUCGGCGCGCCUUGGGCAUGGAGAGGUCACAUCGACCGUCGACCUGCUGCUGACAAGUGCCUGCUCCUCCGGCCUACACCAUGCCAAGGAGGCUUUCCUCCUGAGAACAUCCGAGUCUGUGCUCGCCACCCUGACCCCGAGAAGGUCCGGCAAUGACAGCAGCAGACCCAAGGCCUCAGGAGCGAACCCGCUGCACAGCCUCGCGUCCGACCUGGUCACUGAGUGCCUGGACUCGAUGUGCGCCGAGCUCUGCGACUCCGGCUACAGGCCGUUCACGAGGCUCGCCGCGACGGUCCGCACAGAGCAGCAGCUGGCCGCAGAGGUGCGGAAGGAGGCGGCUAGGCACGGUGACAUGGCGGGGCAGGACCUGGGCGACCUCGCCGCCGGCGACGUGGAGCGCGCGGUGGCGGCCGGCGUGGCGCGCGAGGCGUUCCGGAUCGGCGCGCUCAUCGAGCGGGACCUGGUGCAGGAGCUGGCGCAUGAGGUCGGGCUCGACAUGCUCAGAGCGGCUGCCGUAAACUUGUAACAGCAAAGGAAGAAUGUUCUUUCGGGGUAGUGGUAGUGGUAUAGGAAUGAAGAGGCUUCGUUUCGAUGUUUGCGGUGACAUUUGCAGAGCUGGCCGGCGUUCCCACCGGCGGCGACUCUGCCACCGCCGCCGACUCUGCCGGCGGCGACGCAGGACUCCCCCGAAUCUUUUCUUUUCUCUGAAAUAAAUUGAACCCAGCCCCGUCCAGUGCGUGCAUAGAUCGGUCCGCCUCUCCUCGACUCGAUUGCCGAUCGAUCUCUGGCUUGCUGCGAUGCCGAGGCCUGCGACUGCGAUGGUGAUGCCGUCGAUACUUUCGGUGCUGAGGACCGCCGGCUUCAUCGGUGUCGUCACGGCCGUGUACGUGGCCACCAAGUAUCAGCUGCGCGAGAUGGCGGAGGAAGGGCAGAGGCGCCACCUGCAGAUGCUGGAGGAUAGGAAGAACAGUUUUGCUAGAACUCAUCUAGAUGAGUUAUAAUUUGGUUUUAUUCAUCUUUUAUAGCCAUCGGAUGUGAUGCUAUAAGAUAGGUGUGCAUUGACGUGGGUUGUAUUUGUUCUUAUUUUCAAGAUGAAUGAGACCAAAUUAUAUCUCAUCUAAAUGAGUUCUAGGUACUCUCAAGAACAGUUUUGCUAGAAAGAAGAAGCGGGAGAUGCAGCAGUUGCAAGCCGCCGCCGCCGAGGACCACAAGACCUAGACAUUGUUUAAUUUUUCCCUCAAACGUGCAUAUUUUAUUUUUCUAGAUUCUGCAAUCAACUAUGUUUUGUGAUA